AUCGAUUUCUUUGAUUUCGUGGUGACUGGCAGUUGAGGCAGAAGAAGAUAGUAAACAAAAUGGCGCGAAAUGCAGAGAAGGCAAUGACAACUUUGGCACGUUGGCGGGCCGCAAAAGAAGUGGAAUCCGGCGAAAAGGAACGCCGGCCCUAUUUGGCCUCCGAGUGCCACGAUUUGCCCCGAUGCGAGAAGUUCCGCCUGGAGAUUAUACGCGAUAUAUCCAAGAAGGUGGCCCAGAUACAAAAUGCUGGCUUGGGAGAAUUUCGCAUCCGCGAUCUCAACGAUGAAAUCAACAAGUUGCUGCGUGAAAAGCGCCAUUGGGAAAAUCAGAUAUCUUCACUGGGAGGCCCUCACUACAGACGUUAUGGCCCUAAGAUGUUCGAUGCGGAGGGUCGCGAAGUUCCCGGCAAUCGGGGCUACAAAUACUUUGGAGCCGCCAAGGAUUUACCGGGUGUUCGAGAGCUCUUCGAACAGGAUCCCCCGCCGCCGCCAAGGAAAUCUCGCGCUGAACUGAUGAAGGACAUAGAUGCGGAGUACUACGGCUAUCGGGAUGAUGAGGAUGGAGUGCUGAUUCCGCUGGAGGAACGCAUUGAACGAGCAGCUAUCCAGAAGGCAGUGCAGGAAUGGCGCGAAAAGAUGGCCAGAGAUGGUCGCAUAAUCGAUGACGACGAGGAAGAGGACGAGAUAUAUCCCCUUUCCGGACCCGCUCGCGAAGCCAUCGAGGACGCCAAGGCUCGAGCCGCUGUCGAGGAUCCCCACGGCCUGUUGGCCCCCAAAUUCACCGCCCAUGUGCCCGUGCCCACGCAACAGGAUGUGCAGGAGGCACUAUUGCGCACGAAACAGGAACUCCUGGAGAAAUACGCCGGUGGCGCCAACUAAGCUCAAUAAACAUUCUAAUUUCUUAGUUUGAUUUUACAAAA